AUGGUCAAGAAGAGCAAUAAAAAAACACCGAAGAAGAAGAAUAUAAAGAGCAGCAAUGAUGAUAAGAUUAAAAAGUUAGAAGAUGUGAGAAGGAUAGCUGCUAUUAAUGCCAAGUUAUGGGAGACUAGAGUGGAAAUUGCGGAAAAAGUCAAAGACAAGAUUCAGGAACGUGCAAAACAGUUAGCGGAUGAUAAUGCCAGGCUUAAUGAUGCUCUACGUCAAUCAGAAAAGGAAUCAAUGGAUGUGUUUUCUUACUUAAAAAAACAAAAUGAAGAUAAAGACACUAAAGAACUUAAAAACAAAAUCGAAUCCAUGUCCAUUUCUCAUGAAAGAGAUAAAGAGUUAAUUAUCAGGGAUGCAAAGGAACAGAUUUUGUGCAUAAAUAGUGAAAAAGAGAAGAAGUGCGAUAAAAUUAAGGAACUCGAACAGGAAAUAAUGCAGUUGGAUGAAUAUAGAAGUGAGAAAACACGAACUGAAAACGAAAUAAAACAGUUGCGCGAUGAAGUUCAAAAUCAAAAGUGUCUCAUUGAAAAUAUGGAGACAAAGUUCUUCGAAGAGAAGCUAAAAAUGAGGGAAAGUAGCAUAAAAGAUAUCAAAGCUCUGGCAGAAGAAGCCCAUAAAAUUUCUAUUAAAAAUUUAGACGAUUCCAUCAAGUUAUCAUUUGUUCAGAACAUCGCAAUGAGGAGAUUUAUAACGUUUUUAAGAAAACAGCUGGUGUCAGCUGAGGACUUAUCAAGAUCUUUGAACGAAGAAAACAAAAAGCUUACUAUAGAGAAGGAAACCUUGGAAGGCAUUUUGUUGUCAAAGUCCUUGGAGUGCAAAAAACUGAAGGAACUUAUUCAAGAGAAAGAUGAAAAAAUUGAACUUUAUCAAUAUGAAAUUAAACAGUUAACUGAAGAUUUAAAUAAACAAAAAACUAUAUUCAGUGAACAAGUGACACUUCAAACAUUUGAAGCAUCUAAAUCAAUAGAGAAAUUAACUAAAACAUUAGAAUUAGAACGUAAACGAAUGAUACGUAUAUCUAGUUUAGCAAAUAGAAUUUUACAACAAAGAAAUGAAAUUGAAGAAUUCUUUAUUACAUCAUUAAAUUAUGUUCGUGAUGAGAUCAAAGUGAAUCAGGGAUAA